GCUGCGUCCUUGUGGCGGAGAGAGGCGUUCAAGGCCGCUGCUCUCUGACGUCACACUCACGGAGAAAGUUUUGGUUGCUGUUUGUUGAGGGGCGGGGCCAGUGCGGAGGAGGGGAGCGGUGAUGCUCAGGAGGAGUAACCGAGGAAGAGCAACAGGUUUCAGUGUGCUGAUGGGUUCACGAGGACAGAGCACGAGCGUAUGAAGAGGAGCCAGUGAAAGCUGUUAAAGCCACCUGAUGCUGCAGUCUGAUCCGCUCACCUGGGACUGAACACACACACACAAAAACACACAUGGCUGCUAACGCACGUUCAGACCCGCCCAUCCUCACAGAGCAGGAGGAGUUACAGAGAAGAGCCAAUCAGGUCACAGAUGAGUCGCUGGAGAGCACACGGCGGAUGGUUCAGUUGGUUGAGGAGAGUAAAGAUGUUGGGAUCAGGACUGUGGUGAUGUUGGAUGAACAAGGAGAGCAGUUGGAGCGCAUUGAGGAGGGUAUGGACUCCAUCAACAGGGACAUGAGAGAGGCAGAGAAGAAUCUGACAGACAUGGCGCAGUGCUGUGGCCUUUGUAUCUGGCCACUCAGGAAACUAAAGGCUUUUGAGGAGAGUGGGGCAUACAAGGCAGUUUGGGGCGGAGCCUCAAGCCAGGAUGGCGUUGUAUCCAAUCAGCCGCCGCCGUCUCGGGUCGUGGAUGAGAGAGAGCAGAUGAUUAUGAGUGGAGGAUACAUACGAAGGGUGACCGGCGACGCCCGCGAGGAUGAGAUGGAGGAGAACCUGGCUCAUGUGGGCAGCAUCGUGGGAAACCUGAAGAGCAUGGCCCUGGACAUUGGCAACGAGCUGGAAACACAGAAUUCCCAGAUCGACCGCAUACAGGGCAAGGCUAAUCUCAACGUAACCCGAAUCAGCGCUGCCAACCAGAAGGCUACCAACCUCAUGAAACGAUAGAAGUGCUCCUCCAGUCUUUUUCUAUUAAACUGUGCUUUUGCGUGCCGUGCCAAUAUGCUGACCCUGUUAUUUUAAACCUCCCAUUACUCACUUUUGACAGUGAAAUGUGCUGUAAAACUCAUCUAGAGGCCGUAAGUCCAUUAUUUUUAGUAGUGGGUUUAAAGUGGAGCUCUUUAUUCCGUAACCCAUAUUUUAACAUUCGUGUUCGUUCCCCAAAUAUCCUAAUAGAAAGUCGUAGUUUUGUUUAUUUGUAUAAAAUGUGACCUAUGAUUAUUAUAAGUCAGUUUGCAAUGCAAUGUUCGCUCUGUAUUGCCCCUCAGCGUGGCCUCCUUUAGCUCUUGGGAACCUUUAAUGGUCCCUGUGGGAAAAAAUUGGGUCACUCCAGCAGCACCAUCACUGCCAGCAGUAGCAGUAGAGAGCACAAUCACACAAAUACGUCAAUAUGUGUGAAGAGCGGCUGUCCCUGCUGUGGUGUUAUGAAACAUGAGCCCAUACGUCGCCUUUUCCAUCUCCUGGACGGACAGGGGAACAACGGCAUCUGUGCAGCAAAAUAUUCUGAAAAGCAACCAGUCCAGUCCCAAAUUACACAACCCUCUUCUUCCACUUUCUCCAAAAUCUGCCACUGUGGAUGAAACACGUAUGUGACGGCGCCCUCUGUCGGCCCAGCCGGGUAUUGCCCAGAAGAAGGAAAUACGUAUUUCCCCACAAUGGAGGAUCUCUGGUGACACCAAGCGGACGCAAGCGGAACAUGCAUUCUUCCCGGCCUCUCCCAUCUUCCUUCUGUCUCCAUGUUGAUAGAAAA